AUGGCGACCGACCUUGCGUCCUUGCUGACGUCCUCAAAGGCCCUGACAGCCCAUUUGUCGAAGCCAGAUCUGCCUUCCGUGCAGCUUUCGCUCGACCAGGUCGAGGCACAGUCGCGCAGACUCGUUUCGCGCUACUCGACCGCUGCAAAUGACACCGACCGCGCGAACUAUCUACUUGCACAGGCGCAAGUCGAUGCGUCGGCGCUGUCGAAUUCGAUCGCGCAUUUGAACACAUCUACAACCUUUACACCUUUGCAGGCGCUGCAGGACACUGAUGUCGCAGGUUAUCUUCGUCACGCACACGAGCAAAAUCUUAUAUCGACGAUUGAGGAAGGGCGUAAGCAGACGCAGGCAGACUUUUACCGGCUGCUUGAGGACAGGAGCCAGAGGGACUGGGAGGCGAAGAAGCGGCGUGUAUUUGAGGAGCUGGGGGGCGUGGCGCGGAGCGGGGACUUGAAGAAGAGUGUACUUGGAAAGUCGGUCAGCGCGACGACCCCCAGUCUCUCGCUACAGAUGCAGAGCAAAAUGAUGGCAUACGAUCGUGUCAUCACGGAAUUGAACGCUGCGAGACUGCGGGGCACCUCUUUCCCCAUCAUACAUUCCCUCAUCAACGCUUCGUUGUCGGUAUCAUCCCAGUCAAAAUCAAUGCAAAUGACACAAAAUUUCCAUGUACUUGCCAAAAUCACCGCUGAACCGCCUGCUCUCCCGCCGAUCGAACACGCAGGAGCGCACAUCCUCAACCAGUCGCUCUUCGAACGGAAGUAUGCGAGGACGUACCUCGGAAAUCCAGAAUCGCGCGAGGCGUCUGCUCUAAGGAAGCAAAUAGCGAAGGGAGCACGAGAGGCGCUGGAAGAGCAGUAUUGGGAUAUCAUCGAGCGCACAAUCCAAGCGCGGCCUAUGGAGGCGAAGUUGGGCGGAGACCCCAGCAUUGCGAACAAAGUCCGCGCAUUUCUGUUAGUGUUGUAUUACAAAAAUGGCGAAUGGGAAGACAGAAUCGAGCUUGUUGCUGGCCAACCGCUCUGGGCUCGCCUGUUCUACCUUGUACGAACCGGACACACCCAAGAAGCCUUGGACCAAGCUACUCAAUACCAGCAAGCGAUUGAUCACCGUGAAGCCAGCUUCGUGAAUCAAUUCAGAACGUGGAUAGAGUCACCCGAUAGACGAUUACCCAAACCACACCGCGACCACCUACAAUCUGUGUAUAACGCACACAUGCUACACUCUUCAUCUGCGGAUCCUUUCAAACUCGCGCUAUACAAGUUGAUGGGGCGGCUCGAGCCUUCGAGGCGGAAUGUUCCGCAAGUAACGACUACGACGGAGGAUUGGCUGUGGUUCCAGCUGUCAAUGGUGGACGAGGAAGAACACGGCGGCCUCAGAGGACUAGCUGAGGUUCUGCUUGGCUACGGGGAACAUCAUUUCGAGCCUCUCAGUCAGCAGGGAUCAAGGAGAGGAGUGUGGGCCGGUGUCCUUCUGAUGUGUGGACAGUUCGAACGGGCUGUCGCUGCGUUGUGGAGUCAUCAGGAGUCGGAGGUCGAAGCCGUCCAUUUGGCUAUCGCACUAGCAUACCAUGGCCUUCUACGCGUGCCCUCCCGAGCUGAGACCUCCGAUAUGACACCUCUCUCCCUUUCUCCCGUCUCACCGCCAGCACUCAGCCUCUCGAUGAUCAUCUGGCGAUAUGUUCGCCAAUUUGUCAAGAUGGAUGCCAAAGAGGCUCUGCAGUAUGUUUAUUGCGUGUGCUUAGCAGCCGACCAGGGUGAUGGUAUUGGAAAGGAGCACGUAGAGAGUGCUUGGGAGUUGGUACGGAGAAUAAUAGUAUUGGGCAACAGUGGUCCUGGGUGGGAGGAACUCGUAGGUGGCUUCCGUGCUGAUGGAUCACGAUUCAAUGGCAUUAUCGAGCAAGGAGCAGCAUUGCUGCAACUGUCUAACACGAAACAGUUCAACGACCAGCUUCUCGUUCGUGCUGCUAAAGAACUCGAAGACAACGACCGCAUCUCCGAUGCCAUCAAACUGUACAACCUAGCUGGGGACUACGCCACCGUGAUCUCAUGCCUGGCCCAGGCUCUCGGAAACAGCAUCUCGCAACCGACACCCGACGAUAAGGCGCGCACGGUGGAGAAGACGGCUGGCGACAUUCUGAGGCAUUAUCAGAGGACGAAUAGGGCUGCCGGGAAGGAUAGGGAUGCCGUUGUGCGGUUACUGAGGGUUAGAGAUGCUCUGGAUGCGAAGGCUGCAGGAAGGCCCGAGCUGGCGUUGGAGAUUAUGGAAGGGACUGAUUUGAUACCGCUUGAUGGGGACAUCUCGAAGACUACAAGACGAGCAGAAGAGUUCAAAGAUCUCCACGAGUCCCUACAGAGAAAUCUACAAGUGUACUUACCGCUCACAAUGGAUGCGUUGGCAGGCGUGCAUCAGCGCGUCAAAGCAUCCAUUAUCGCGGAUUCUACAAGACAGAUGACGCUCGCAGCUUUGAGGAAGAAAUCAAGAUCACUUAUGGUCUUUGCGGGUAUAUUGAAAUACCGCAUGUCCCCGGACGUGUAUUCGUACCUCGCACGUCUCGAUGUAGAGAUCGCGCUUUGA